GUGCUGACUACCAGUAUAAUCUACUCUAUGUCCCAACCUCAUACGGAUCGAAGCUCCGAGGAACAUGUCCUCUGCCUAACCACGAUUCAGACAUUUCUAAGAUUAAGGCAACACCACCUAAACUAAACUUGUUUCUUUGUUUCCAUUCUCAGAUUUGAAUCCACUUAGUUCACCUCCACCACAACAACAACUGUUACAGGCUCCCAUUUAUUUGCUCUUUACAGUUUCUCCUGUUAGACUUAUACUAUAGACUUAGAUCAGAUUCGUUUCAACAAGGUAGUGCCACUUCAAAUCGAUUAUUCGUUUCAACAUGGCCAUAGCUCGGUUAGUUCGUCAAGCAAAACGCCCUCACGGCUUGUGGGUAAAGAUGACAGCUGUCACCAUAUUGGGUCUCUGCUUCAUCUUUGUGUGGGCAGUGUUUUCUUCUUCUUCUUCAUCCUCUGUCACCUUCCAAAGGGAAAGCUUUGAGGACAUUGCAGAGCCCGUGGCCUCUUCUCACAGGCCACAGAAGCCGAGAGAUGAAUCCAAAAAGGGUGAGGCUGAUAAAAAGAGUAAUGGGUCUUCUUCUUCUUCUCACUCUUCUGCCACGCGUCCCCACCCCAAGAAAGAGAAGAAAAAGGUGCACAAGGAGGAUAAGGAGAAAGGGAAUCAUCAAGGGUCAGAGGAUCCUCAACCCCAACAUGGCCAUGAAGAGAAAGAAAAAGAGAAAGACAAGGACAAAGACAAAGAGAAGGGUGAAGAGGAAGUGGAGGUGGAGGGUGAGGAAGAGAAAGUGGAUCGUGAAGUGGAUGUGGAUGUGGAUGUAGAUGGUGGCACUAGCAAUGAUUUAAUUGAAUCAGUGGAUCAGGAUUCUGAGAUGUUGGAAGAUGGGGGAAUGGAGGAGUUGAGAAAAACAACCAAGGGAAAGGUUAAAGGGCCCUUGUUUGAUCCGAAUGCUAGCUAUAGAUGGAAACUGUGUAGUGUUAGAAGCAAGCAUAAUUACAUUCCCUGCAUUGAUUUUGAAGUUGGUGGAGGGAAGAUACCGAGCUACCGCCACACGGAGAGGAGUUGCCCGAGGACACCCCUUAUGUGUUUGGUUCCUCUUCCUCAUGAAGGGUAUGGAUCUCCGCUGCCUUGGCCUGAGAGCAAAUUGAAGAUAUUGUAUAAGAAUGUUGCACAUCCUAAACUGGCUGCAUACAUAAAAAGGCAUAGUUGGUUGAUGGAGUCUGGAGAGUAUCUUACUUUUCCCCAAAACCAAUCUGUGUUCAAGGGAGGGAUUCAUCAUUAUCUUGAGUCCAUUGAAGAGAUGGUACCAGACAUUGAAUGGGGUAAAAAUAUUCGUGUUGUUCUGGACAUCGGAUGUAUAGAUUCGAGCAUUGCAGCUGCUCUCCUUGAUAAGGAGGUUAUAACAUUAACACUUGGCUUGAAGAAUGACCUAGUGGACUUGGCACAAGUUGCGCUUGAGCGAGGCUUCCCAGCAGUUAUUAGUCCUUUCAGUAGAAGGAGGCUUCCUUUUCCAAGCCAAGUUUUUGAUGCUAUACAUUGUGGGGGUUGCAGCAUACCUUGGCAUUCCAAUGGUGGUAAGCUUCUAUUAGAGAUGAAUCGGAUUCUACGACCAGGGGGUUACUUUAUUAUGUCAACUAAACAUGACAGCAUUGAAGAAGAAGAAGCCAUGACAUCAUUGACGGCAUCUAUUUGUUGGAAUGUUCUGGCACACAAAAGUGAUGAUGUUGGCGAAGUUGGAGUUAAAAUAUAUCAAAAGCCUGAAGGAAAUGACAUUUAUGAAUUGAGAAGGAAGAAGAUUCCACCACUUUGCAAAGAAAAUGAAAAUCCUGAUGCAGUCUGGUAUGUUCCCAUGAAGACUUGUUUGCACACCAUUCCAUUAGGAAUUGAACAACACGGGGCAGAGUGGCCUGAGGAAUGGCCCAAAAGGCUCGAAACUUAUCCUGAUUGGGUGAACAACAAAGAGAAAGUGGUUGCAGACACCAACCACUGGAAUGCUAUUGUUAACAAGUCAUAUCUUAAUGGACUGGGCAUUAAUUGGACAAGUAUCCGGAAUGUAAUGGACAUGAAAUCCAUCUACGGCGGAUUGGCUGCAGCUCUCUCUCAACAAAAGGUCUGGGUGAUGAAUGUUGUACCUGUUCAUGCACCGGAUACGCUUCCCAUCAUUUUUGAACGUGGGCUUAUCGGUAUAUAUCAUGAUUGGUGCGAGUCAUUUGGCACUUAUCCAAGAACAUAUGACCUUUUGCACGCUGAUCAUUUGUUCUCUCGGCUCAAAAACAGGUGCAAGCAGCCUGUGACCAUUGUUGUUGAGAUGGACCGUAUAUUACGACCGGGAGGUUGGACAAUUAUACGUGACAAAGUUGAGAUUCUAAAUCCGUUGGAGGAAAUAUUGAGAAGCAUGCAGUGGGAGAUUAGGAUGACUUUUGCUCAAGAUAAGGAGGGUAUUCUAUGUGCACAGAAAACUACGUGGAGGCCUUAGGUCUCGUAUAUGCAAUUUUCUUCUUGUAUAAUCUCAACCACAGGUGCCCAUAUAAUUUCCAUACCCAUUGUUCUUCAUUCAACGUGAAAUGAUAUAUAUGGAGGCGUUUUUAUAGGAAUCCUUUAUCUAACAAAUCCAUCAAUCAUCGAUUUUUAUUUUUAGUCA